GUGACCAGUUACCAAGUUGCUUAAGUGGCCCUCGCUCUUCAAAAGGUUGGGCACCCCUGGUCUAGCGUCUCUGUGUGUACAGGCCUCCUCCUCUGCUGGGGUUUGCAGCUGAUAAGUCUCUGCAUUUAAAAACUUGAGAGGUAGACAUGAACUAUCCCAGUCUACAUCCCUACAUCCCCAUCCUAUUAUUGUACAACCAAUACAAUCCAGAUGAUUCUCUAUCUAUUUACAGAUAAAUCUGCAUAGAUCACAUAACCACAUCAAUGAGGAUGGAGGAGGACUGGAGUCACAUGACUGAGAAGAUACUAAACCUCACCCUGGAGAUCAUCUAUCUGCUGACCGGACAGAUUUUUCCUCCUGUGAAGUCUGAAGAUCAUAUGACAAUCACAGUGCCUCCACCUCACUCCCUGACACCCGAGAGACACAAGAUGCGGAAGAUUCUAGAAGUCACCCAGAAGAUGAUGGAGCUGCUGACAGGAGAGGGUGAAGAUCUGAUGAUCAUUAAAGUUGAGGGUGAAGUAGAAGAGACGUAUGUGAGGGAUGAUCAGCAAUAUACGGAGGAGGCUGGAAUGACAACAUUCAAAGAAGAGGACACUCCUACAGAGAUCAGCACAGGACACGCAAUUGUGACACCCUCAAAGGAUCAUCUUACUUUAUCUCCAGGUUGUAAAAUGGAAGAUGAGGACAUCACAGGAGAUUGUUCAGGAGAAAAGACAAUGUGCUCAGUUAUGGAUGGAGGACUUCACAGUGUGGAUAUGCCAUCAAAUCCCUCUGACUCUGAGCAACCUCAUACUGUGAGGGAUGGUGCCGGAGUUCAGGGGGAGGGGAAAUUUUCCUAUCCUGAACGUGGGGAAAGUAUUCACACUGAAUUAAGUCUUCCUGUACAUCGCAGAUCUCACACAGUUAAGAAGCUUAACUCUUGUUUUGAGUGUGGGAAAUGUUUUCUUCAUAAAUCAGAACUUGUCAUACAUUGCAGAUCUCACACAGGAGAGAAGCCGUAUCCCUGUCCUGAAUGUGGAAAAUGUUUUACACGGAAAUCACAACUUAAUAGACACCAAAGAGCUCACACGGGGGAUAAGCCGUAUUCUUGCCCAGAGUGCGGGAAAUGUUUUUCACAAAAAUCUGACCUUUUUAGACAUCAGGGAUCUCAUCCAGGAGAGAAGCCGUAUUCCUGCACUGAGUGUGGGAAAUGUUUUUCACGGAAAUCAGACCUUGGUAAACAUCAGGGAUUGCACAUGGGAGAGAAGCCAAAUCCUUGCUCUGAGUGCGGGAAAUGUUUUACACAGAGAUCAAAACUUGUUAGACAUCAGAGGAUUCACACAGGGGAGAAACCAUACCCCUGCUCUGAGUGCAAGAAAUGUUUUUUACAGAAAUCAGACCUUGUUAUUCAUCAGAGACUGCACACAGGAGAGAAGCCGUAUUUCUGGAACGUAGUCAAAAACAGAAGCCAGGGUUUGGAAGCCAGAUCAGACAAGCCAGGAUCAGAAGACAAGAAGCCAGCAUUGUCAGGAGCCAAAAAUAAGGAGCAGGAAUCAGAAGAGAAGUCAGCCAGGCCAAAUCAUACACAGGAACACAGGCAGGAACACACUUGGAGAUCACAGACCACACAAGGGCCAGGAGGAAAUUGGCAAAGCUGUUUAUCCACUUGA